CGUCGGCCCAUUGCGAACACAACGCACCUAUGAGUCGAGUUGUGGACAAAAGUGGAGACAUUAAUCAACACUACAUUUACUAUUGUUUUGAUCAUUGAAUUGACAUUAAAUCGCGUUAACAGUGACUGUGUUUUCAAUGCCAUUACAAUCGCUGACCAAUGAAUGGCCGCAUCGAAGCGCUGAAUGAGCCGUACGUGAGAGCCGUUGAUCAGUGACUAUAACUGCGGGCAGUGUCUGUGUCUGUGUUAGCGAUGGUGUUGUCGUCGGUGUUGGCGGACAAGUCGAUGAACUUCGAUGAGAAUCCGUCGGGAAAUAACAUCCUUGAGAUGCUUAGAGGCCAACGAAGAGACGGCCGGUUCUGCGAUAUCGUACUCCACGUGACGUCCGGAUCACUGGCCGAACGGCGCUUUCCCGCCCACCGCUCACUACUGGCCGCCUGUAGUCAGUACUUCGAGUCCGUACUGAAGACCCAUCGCGUGACCAAAGAGCAGAUCAACAUCGGGUGUCACGACGUGGACGUGUUUGAGACGCUCUUGGAUUACAUGUAUUCGGGAAACAUUACCAUCGAUUGGCAUAAUGUCAACGAAUUGCUCAAACUUAGCAAUUACUUCCUGAUGGCCAAAGUGAACACAUAUUGCCACCAAUUCCUCGAACACUACCUCUCGGUCGACAACUGCAUCGCUGUCCGCGAUUUGGCCCAGAAGUACAGUUUGGAUACAUUGGUCCACACAUGCAAUGACUUCAUUGCCGACAACUCCAGCGAAAUCAUUGAACAGCCGUUUAUGAGCGAAAUGACGGCCAAAAAGUUGGAGUCUAUUAUUAGGGACCCGACGAUCGGUUUGGCGAGUCUUCCGGUGUCACAACUCUUGACUUUCUUUAUUUCAUGGGUUAAGAAAGACAUCGACAGAAGAAGCGCAGAGUUGGAGCACUUCCUGGCGCUCAUUGAAUGGCAUAAAAUGAAACUCGAGUUCAUUUACGAUCACAUCGACACUGAAGUACUUUAUCGCGAGAACCGAUUCUCCCUUUACGUGGCCCUCAAGUCUUUGCAUCAAAACAAUAUAAAUAUCGACAGAUAUUUAGACUCUUAUAAAGAGAUGAGUAAAUUGUUUGCCAAAAAUUGUCGAUCGCUCGCCUCUGAUAACGAGACUGAGAACGAACUCAUUGUUCCCGACGACGAACAAGACAUCACUCCCAACAGUCCUAUUGUUGUCGAACCCAUUGAUUCUGAGCCCAACACCAAACAUAAGGGCAAAGUACAAAACCAAAGACAGCAAUCGACCAGAGGAUCCAAAAAAAUUAUUGAAAGAAAGCGAAAACCAAUGAAUCGACGAAAAGCAGAAAAUUGUAAUUCAAGCGAAUUAACGGACAAUAGUUUGAGUUCAAGAAAUCGUAAACGAAAUGUUAAGCAAAGAUAUCCAAAAAAUGAAUGGUUUGUCUAUUCUUCCGUUUCCAAGAAGAAAACCAAUUGUGGUGACAGUCAGAGCGUGAAAGUGUUGAAUAACAGGAGUCGACACAAGAAAUCGAGUGAUAGAGAGGAUGAAAAUGAAUCAAAUUUGGACGAAGCGGUCGACGACGAAGAAGAGUUGAAAAGCGAUGAAAACUAUUCUGAUUCCGAAGACCUUAACGAAGGCAAUGAUUUAUCGCCGAAGAGACGCAUUAAACGUGAAGAUAAGGACGAGUCGUCGUUAUCAUUGGGUCAAUGGAAAGAUGGUGUGAAGUGUCCGCACUGUAUAUAUGUCGGCCACAGCGCCACUCGACUCGAACAGCACUUAUCUCGCGUUCACGAGGAGGACACGACCUAUCAGUGCAAAAUGUGUCCAUUUGUUUGCAAAUGGAAUCGAGAGUUUUAUAAACACAUGAAAUCCCAUUUCGAUGGCCCGCCCUAUAAGUGCGAAGACUGUGAAUACAGUUGUGAUAGAAUUCAAUUUAUUUUAUCCCAUCGUAUGAGACAUACGGAUGAGAGACCAUAUAAUUGCGAAUUGUGUCCAUUCAAGUCCCGAACGAAAGGCAAUCUCAUUGUCCACAUGAGAAUACAUACGGGAGAGAAGCCAUACCAGUGUACUCACUGUCACCGCGCGUUUGCUAUGAAAAAUACUUUAGACCAACAUUUGGCGACACAUCGGGAGGAAAGGCCUUUUCUGUGCGACAGCUGUGGGUUUACCACUAAAUAUCAGUCACACCUUCUCUCCCAUAAACGCAUUCAUACGGGAAAUGUCUUCCAUUGCGAUCAAACUGGUUGUACGUAUUCUUCUCCGCGUAGGUCUCAGUUGGCGGCGCACACCAGGAGUCACCUCUCGAUUCGGACCCAUAUCUGCUCGACGUGUGGCAGAGCUUUCAUAGAGAAGAGUCAUUUGAUUAGACACGAGCGCAUCCAUUUGGAUGAGAAGCCAUUUAAAUGCCAACAAUGCGAAUACGGCAGCACUCGGAGAGACAAACUCAAAGAACAUGUCCUCAAACACCACACCGGAGACCAAACGCCUAAAACUGCAUAUAAACAGCGAAAACCGCGCCGACAGACGGGUCAACAGUUCACUUAUAUUACAGAAACGCUCGAAGACAACGAUAACUCGAUUGCCUCUCAAGUGGCUAUCGUUUCCUCUCCUCAAGAUAUACACGUCUCUCAGAGCCAACUCUCGGACCAGGAAUUAUGUACAGCGACUGCGAGUCUUAUCUAUGAGUACUCUUCUGGUGAAGUGACGGUAUCGCCGGCCAGAGUUGUCAUUCAAUCGACAAUUCCAAGCGUUACUUACGAUUCGGUCGACCAAUCAGUCGUCGAUCGUAUUGUUGAACAUCAGAGAAACAGUACAAAUAACGCCAACACUUCGGCUCGUGUUGUUAUCCAAUCGAUUCCAUCGACUGGUUAUGUAUCUAACAAUCAAACGGAACGCAAUUCCAGUCAAAAUUCAAGCGCCAAUAAUACAGCAGAAAUGGGAGUGAAUUACGAAAGCGGAGGACUUUUGUUGGAUAUAUUGGCCAAAGAGGGACAACAGGCUCUCAUCGCUGUCCUUAAGAGCAAAGAAUUUCGCAAUAAUAUGUAUCAAAACGGCUUUGGAAAAGAGUUUGACAUUUCUAACUCUUCACAUAUUUUAUGCAAUAUAUCGGAAAAUUCUGAUUUCAAGCCAAUGGAUAACAUGGUCGUUCAGCAUUAAAUAUAAUUCUUGAGGGUAAUAAUAGUCAACACUUGGAUAUGUUGAAGGGAGGAGUGAUUCAAAAGCUUCUGGAAGAGAAAUGGAAAACAUUUGGACAUAAAUUAUUUCUACGAAGAAUUUUUCAAGCGUUGUUUCAUUUACUAAUUAUAAGUAUUGCCAUUUAUUUGCGUCCAUCAAAACACGAUUUACCAAUUUGUGAAUCAAACGUGAAAAAAGUGAUACGAAUAACAUCUGAAAUUAUAUCAAUAAUAAGUUGUAGUCGAUAUGUGUUGACACAUAUAAAAGAGUUUACAAAUAAGAAAAAGUUAAAUAUUUUAAAGAAUUUGAACUCAAAACUUCCUCAAAUCAUAUUCUUAUCAUCAAAUCUUCUCAUCAUUUUAAGUCUGUUUUGUCGGCUAUUUGAGAGUUCAUACUUAGAAGAGCUUUUAUUAAUUCUGGCCCUUCCAGCAUCAUGGUUUUUCUUGAUGUUCUUCGCAGCUGCGGUUCGAAUAACGGGUCCGUUUGUAGCGAUGGUUAGGUUUAUGAUAAUGGAAGACAUGCGUCAGUUUAGUAUCAUUUAUUUGGUCUUUCUCUACGGUUUCUCUCAGGCCUUUUACUUUCUCCUCAAACAACCCGUGCAAAUGGAGGUCACAAAGCGGUGGAGAUCUUCGAGUCAUAGACAUUAUCACAGCUCAUGGAUGGAACUCUUUCUCAUGACUUUAGGAGCUCACGAGUACGAAGAGAUCCGUAAUUCAUACUACCAUUGGUUGACACAAAUGUUUUUUGUGUUAUUUAUGAUAUUAAUGCCAAUAUUAUUACUAAAUAUGUUGAUUGCAAUGAUGGGCAACACAUAUGCAUUGGUUAUCUCGGAAUCGGAGAGGGAGUGGACGAUGCAAUGGGCGAAGAUUCUGCUCGAACUCGAAAAAGCCCUUUCUGUCAAAGAAUCCAAACUAUUUCUGAGUCAAUACACGCUUACGAUUGCUCCCAAAUCAGAGUCUGAGAGGUCCUGCACUGC